UGGACGUACUUGCGCGAUCUCCUCCACUCUCCCGGGUCCGGGCCAUGAGGAGGGACGAGCGAGACGCCCCGAGCAUGCGGUCCCUGCAGCCGCCGCCGGACGGGGCCGAGGGCUCGCACCCCGACAGUCAGAGGAACGGCUACGUGAAGGGCAGCGUGAGCCCCCUGCGCCAGGACCCUCCGCGCGGCUUCUUCUUUCACCUUUGCCGCUUCUGCAACGUGGAGCUGCUGCUGCCGUCGCCGUCGCCUUCGCAGCCGCCGGCCUCUCCGAAGCAGCCGCGGCACGGCCAGCUCCGCUCCCGGGCGCGCUGGGCUCUGGGCGCCCUGGCCGCCUUUGUCCUCGCCCUCCUGAUGGGCGCGGGGCCCGAGGGCGGCUGGGCUGCGGGGACCGGCCGUCUCCGGAGCCUGCUGAGCGUCUGCUCGCUCAGCGUCGGCCCCCUUUUCAGCAUCGCCUGUGCCUUCUUCUUUCUCACCUGCUUUCUGACUCGGACCCGCCGGGGUCCCGGGCCGGGCCGCAGCAGCUUGAGCAGCAGCGGCGUCGUCGGCGGCGGCUCCUGGUGGCUCCUGGCGCUGCCGGCCUGCUGCUACCUAGGGGACUUGCUGGUGUGGCCCUGGGGGGCCCCUCGCGACCACGACGCCCCGGCCCCGCACACGCCCCCGGCGCUGGUGGCGGGCAGGUUGUUCUUGGUGCUGAGCUGCGUGGUGGUGGGCUUGCUCCUGGGCGCGCCCCCGCUCAGGCUCCGGCACAGCAUCCUGGUGCUGCUCUUCGCCAGCUGCGUUUGGUGGGUCUCCUUCUCCGGCCUCGGCUCGCUGCCCGGGGUCCUCCGGCCCCUGCUCUCCUGCCUGGUCGGAGCCGCCGGCUGCCUGCUGGCGCUGGGGUUGGAUCACUUCUAUCAGAUCCGGGCAGCCCCUCAGCAUCCCCGGUUGUCCGGUCCCGCCGAAGACAAAGUGCCUGUGAUCCGACCCCGGAGGAGGUCCAGCUGCGUGUCGUUCGGAGAAACUUCGGCGAGUGCUUACGGCAGUUGCAAAAUGUUCCGGAGACCCUCGUUGCCUUGCAUUUCCAGAGAGCAGAUGAUUCUUUGGGAUUGGGACUUAAAGCAGUGGUAUAAACCUCACUAUCAGAAUUCUGGAAGUGGAAAUGGAGUUGAUCUUUCAGUGCUAAAUGAGGCUCGCAACAUGGUGUCAGAUCUUCUCAUUGAUCCAAACCUUCCCCCUCAAAUCAUUUCUUCCCUACGGAGUAUCAGCAGCUUGAUGGGUGCUUUCUCAGGUUCCUGUAGGCCAAAGAUUAAUCCUCUCACACCAUUUCCUGGAUUUUACCCAUGCUCUGAAAUAGAAGACUCAGGCGACAAAGGAGAUCGAAAAGUUCACAAGGGUCUAAACAGUAGGAAUAGUUUAUCAACUCCACAGUUGAGGAGGAGCUCAGGAACUUCAAGUCUGCCACUGUUUGAGCAGUCUUCUUCAAAAUGGGAACGAAAUAAUGGCAAAAAGCCUCACCAAGAAUUUGGCAUUUCAAGUCAAGGAUGCUAUGUAAAUGGACCUCUAAGUUCAAGUCUGAUGACAAUCCCAAAGCAAAGGUCAUCUUCUAUAUCUCUAUCUCACCACAUAGGUCUAAGAAGAGCUGGUGCCUUAUCCAGCCUGAGUCCUGUGAAUUCUCCCAGCCAUGGACCAUUGUCUCCUGGUUCUCUAACUAAUCGAUCACCUAUAGAAUUUCCUGAUAUUGCUGAUUUUCUAACUAAGCCAAAUGCUACUUUACACAGAACUCUGAGCAAUUCACCCAAUUCACCAGAUUUUUAUCAGCAAUUUAGAAGUUCUGAUAAUUUAUGUAACAGUUGUGGACUUCAAAUACUGAAAUAUGUUUCAAUGUCUGAAUCAGAAUCUGGUACUGAUUGCCACAGUGGAAAAUCAGGUGAUGAAGAUGCCAUCAUUUUCUCAAAAGAAUCACUUAACCUUAUGGAAGGUCAGCAAGAAGAGGAAAUAGAGAAGGGAGACUGCAGCAAAUUAUUUUUAGAAGGCGAUAAUGACCUAAAAGAAGACACACAGAAUGAACAGCAACCAAAUAUUGAACAGGAAGUAUCACUGGACAUGAUUUUAGUAGAAGAUUAUGAUUCAUUAAUAGAAAAUAUGAGCAACUGGAAUUUUCAAAUUUUUGAACUUGUACAGAAGAUGGGAGAGAGGUCAGGAAGGAUCCUCAGUCAGGUUAUGUAUACCUUAUUUCAAGACACGGGUCUAUUGGAAUUGUUCAAUAUCCCUAUUCUACAAUUUAUGAAUUAUUUUCAUGCAUUAGAAAAUGGCUAUCGAGAUAUUCCUUAUCACAAUCGUAUACAUGCCACAGAUGUUCUUCAUGCAGUUUGGUAUCUAACAACUCGGCCAAUUCCUGGCUUACAGCAGGUGCACAGUGAUCAUGGAAAAGAAAAUGAAACAGAAUCUGAUGGUAGAAUUAACCCUGGGAGAAAUACUUACAUUUCUUCAAGAAGCUGCUGUAUUCCAGAUGAGAGUUAUGGUUGCCUAUCUUCAAACAUUCCUGCACUGGAAUUGAUGGCUCUAUAUGUGGCAGCUGCUAUGCAUGAUUAUGAUCACCCAGGUCGGACAAAUGCAUUCUUGGUGGCUACAAAUGCCCCUCAGGCAGUUCUGUACAACGACAGAUCGGUUUUGGAAAAUCAUCAUGCUGCAUCAGCUUGGAAUCUGUAUCUUUCUCGUCCAGAAUACAACUUCCUUCUUAAUCUUGAUCAUGUGGAAUUCAAGCGCUUUCGAUUUUUAGUUAUUGAAGCAAUCCUGGCCACAGAUCUUAAAAAGCACUUUGAUUUCCUUGCUGAGUUCAAUGCCAAGGCCAAUGAUGUAAAUAGUAAUGGUAUAGAAUGGAAUAAUGAAAAUGACCGCCUCUUGGUCUGCCAGGUGUGCAUCAAACUGGCAGAUAUAAAUGGCCCUGCAAAAGUUCGGGAUUUGCAUUUGAAAUGGACAGAAGGCAUUGUCAAUGAAUUUUAUGAGCAGGGAGAUGAAGAAGCAAAUCUUGGUCUGCCUAUCAGCCCCUUCAUGGAUCGUUCUUCUCCUCAACUGGCUAAACUGCAAGAAUCUUUUAUCACACACAUAGUGGGGCCCCUGUGUAACUCCUAUGAUGCUGCUGGUUUACUACCGGGUCAAUGGAUAGAAGCAGAAGAGGAAGAGGAUACUGGAGGUUUCUGUGAAGAAGACGGUGAAUUAGACACAGAUGAUGAUGAGAUAGAAGAUAAUCUAAAUUCUAAACCACAAAGAAGAAAAGGCCGACGACGAAUAUUCUGUCAAUUAAUGCACCACCUCAGUGAAAAUCACAAGAUAUGGAAGGAAAUCAUAGAAGAAGAAGAAAAGUGCAAAGCUGAUGAAAAUAAACUACAGGUGGAGAAUUCUUCCCUACCUCAAGCAGAUGAGAUUCAGGUCAUUGAAGAAGCAGAUGAAGAAGAGGAGAGACAGUGUCAAUAAAGGGAAUGGCAUAUAGAGGAAGCACACAGGGCUGUGCCCCGUGUCAGAAAUUCCUGCCAUAAGUUCACUGUGCUGACUUUCACCUGUCCAUUCCUGUGUGGACAGGCCUUCAUACUGUGAGAGGAACCUUGCUGUGCUGGCAGUUUCCCGCUCUUAUGCACUUUCACCAUAUGAACUAGAAAAUUCUUAGAGUUUGGUUUCAGUUGACUCAUGUUGCAAAACCUUACAUAAUGCCUUCACUGGUGUAAAAAUAUUUUUGUCACAAUACUGCUUUGCUGGCUAGGAAAUUCUACUUCAUGAAAGGAAGCUAUAACUAAAAGUUCAAGUGGCUUACUUUAGUUUCUAUAGAGGCCAGAACUCUGUUUUCAAGAAAAUAGGGUUCAUAUUAUAUUUCUAAUGUGUCUUUUAUGUCUUUGAAUGUUUUAGAGAAAGGAAAAGUUUGUGCCUAUCCAAAAAGUAAUCCAGUUUUGCCUUUCUGAUGAGCUAUUCAAUGCAAUACACUGUCCCAGCUAGACUUUUCCAUAAACUAAGUGACCUUUGUUAUAUUUAACAAAAUCCAGGUGCAUCGAUUUCUGAUGCUUUUUACUGUUGUGUAUUAUCUACUUAGUGUUUUAUUUCUAUUCAGAAUAUUCUGAAGUGUCAUGGACAUCAGAAGUUUGAAUUUCAGUCUUACUGACUAUAUCCCAUAGUUGGAUUUUACAGUUGAUCAGGUUUAACAAUGAAGGAAAUUUAUUCUUUAAUCAAACUGUUCUUAUUUUUAUUAUUGCUCAGGAUUUGUAUUUUUAACUUUAAUAUAUAAACACUGCACAGAUUCAUUAGAAGUCCUAAUAUCUAUAUUAACAUUUUAAGAAAUAAGCCUUGUUUACACUUAGGUAAAUUUGAACUAAUUAAAACCAAGAUAAAGAAAAUGUUUGUCUUUUGCCUUAAUGCAAAAACCCAAAUGAAGCUAAUCCUAUCAAAGAUCACAAAACAAAUGUGUGAGUGCUAGGGACACAUACACUGAAUAAACAACUGGAAUCUGUGCUUA